GCACACAGGAAUAGGAUAUCACCAAACAGAAGCAACUCGAAGUCUCGAACCGUCGAACGGCAAUCGCACAAGGGCACAAUGCGCACCGCGAAACAUUUCGGACACUCCCAGCAGGCACAAGACUGGUCCGAUGUGAUCCUCCCCUCAACCGCUACAAGCCUACAACAGAAAUGGAUAAAUCAAACCCUUCCCCACCGACGGCGAAAAUUGCUAUUCCUUCCUUCCACUGAAUGCCUGUCCGACCAUAUGGGAUAACCACUCUCUCUCUCUCUCUCUCUCUCUCUCUGUCCUGAGUCCUACCACGCUUCAAAGCAAGAAGCCGAAAGACUGGCAGCCAAGCUCCACCAAUGCGAGUUUCCACCAUUUCCAUCCUUCGCCAUCGAGCGGCGCCCUCUCUUCCAGCUUUCAGCGAUUAUCUCCGCCAUGUCUCUUUUCGACUCUCGACCUUCAGGUUUGUUUGCAUGGCUGCUCGACAGAACCCUAAUAUCUACAGGAAACCCCAACCUAACAAGAACAUCCUCAAAGCAAGAGACAACGUCAAGGAAAUAUCGUCUCUCUCUCCCGUUCUCUCUUUGGAUGACGGGCCUCCUCUCUCGCAGAACCAAGCGAUUGGAAUGGUUGCUGCUGCACAGGCCAAUUUCAUGAGAGUCAUUGUCCAAUCAACCUGUGAGCCGGAAAAGCCUAGAACUUUCACCGAACUUUUAGAGUCCAAGGAAGAAGAGGAACCGAAAAUUGGAGUUGAAAUACUAUGCGUCGUUAGGGCUCUUUUGAAGAAGAUCAAGAGGAGGGUUUUGGUUGGGGAUAGGGUGUUGGUAGGCUCGAUUGAUUGGGUGGAUCGGAGGGGGAUGAUCGAAAAUGUUUUCGACAGGAGUUCAGAGAUUGCUGAUCCUCCGGUUGCUAAUGUUGAUCAUUUGCUGGUGCUUUUUUCGAUGGAGCAGCCAAAGCCUGAACCGUUCUCGCUCACGAGGUUCUUGGUUGAGGCCGAAUCAACGGGGAUUCCUCUCACACUUGCUUUGAAUAAGUCGGACCUUGUUGACGAAGAGACACAAUUGGCAUGGAAAGCAAGGCUUCGUGAUUGGGGCUAUGAGCCACUUCUUUGCAGUGUAGAGUCCAAACAUGGAUUGGAUUCUCUUGAAUUCAUUUUGAAAGAACAGACAACUGUGAUUGUGGGUCCAAGUGGGGUUGGAAAAUCUAGCCUGAUAAAUGCUCUGAGAAGCAACCAACGUGGUUAUGGUGCUUCAGAAAUGGAUAACUGGUUUGAGCCUAUUGAAGGCAGCAAGUGGUUUGAAGAGCAGCGAGUUGGUGAAGUGUCAACAAGAAGUGGUAGAGGGAAGCAUACGACUCGUCAUGUUUCAUUACUUCCCCUAUCUGGAGGUGGAUACCUUGCUGAUACCCCAGGAUUUAACCAGCCUAGUCUGAUGAAAGUAACAAAGAAAUCCCUUGCACAAAUGUUUCCAGAGAUCAGGAAAAUGGUUAUAGAGAGUGAGCCUAUAAAAUGCUCAUUCAAUGAUUGCUUGCAUCUUGGUGAACCAGGGUGCGUGGUGAAGGGGGACUGGGAAAGAUAUGCAUACUAUCUACAACUGCUUGAUGAGAUUAAAAUUAGAGAAGAGUUUCAAUUAAGGACGUUAGGAACCAAAAGAGAAGGUGAUGUGAGGUACAAGGUGGGGGAUAUGGGUAUCAAACAACCAGAACCACGGCUGGAACUUAAGAAGCAUAGGAGACUAUCUCGUAAGAGGAUCAAUCAGUCAAUCCUCAAUGAAUUGGAAGAUCUGGAUGAUGAUAAUGAAGAUUUGUUGGAUACUGAAGAGGGUACAAUGUUGAGGACGGUUGGCCAUGAAAACCAGUAGGAUCUGUUGUAUCAUGUCAUACACUGUAAAUAACAUAAGAUGUUUUUCUCCGUAGUUUUUUCUGUCAGAGUUUUUGUUUCCGUUGCAGACUUGAACUGCAUAUCCAUACAAAUUAGGAUAGGAACUUCUGUUCUAUGUCAAUGAAAGGGAAAAUCUUGACCUAGGUA